AAAAUGCAGCGUGUACAACAGCUGAAGUCGUUGAUACCGAAGUCAACGGUUGUAUACUAUAAGAAACCGCUGCUAAUCACAAAGGGUAAAAUGCAGUACCUGUACGACUGUAACGGCAAUGAAUACCUGGAUAUGUUCGCAGGAAUUGUUACCGUAUCCGUUGGACAUUGCCAUCCGUAA